AUGACGUUCAAGCAGGCGUCCAUGAUGGCCCCGGAGGCUGCGGCCACCACUGUGCCCAUGGCCACCAUGGAGAACUCCACUGAGGCCGCGGGGCCGGGUGAGAGCAAGGAGGACAUGUUUGCCAAGCUGAGGGAGAAGUUCAUGAAUGAGCUCAACAAGAUCCCCUUGCCGCCCUGGGCCCUCAUCGCCAUCGCUGUGGUCGCCGGCCUCCUCAUCCUCACCUGCUGCUUCUGCAUCUGCAAGAAGUGCUGCUGCAAGAAGAAGAAGAACAAGAAGGAGAAGGGCAAAGGCAUGAAGAACGCCAUGAACAUGAAGGACAUGAAGUCGGGCAACCAGGACGACGACGAUGCGGAGACGGGCCUGACGGAGGGGGAAGGUGAAGAGGAGGAGAAGGAGCCAGAGAACCUGGGCAAGCUGCAGUUCUCGCUGGACUACGAUUUCCAGGCGAACCAGCUGACGGUGGGGAUCCUCCAAGCCGCCGAACUGCCAGCCCUGGACAUGGGCGGCACCUCGGACCCCUACGUCAAGGUGUUCCUGCUCCCCGACAAGAAGAAGAAGUACGAGACCAAGGUGCAGAAGAAGACACUCAACCCUGCCUUCAACGAGACCUUCACCUUCAAGGUCCCCUACCAAGAACUGGGCGGGAAGACGCUGGUGAUGGCCAUCUACGACUUCGAUCGCUUCUCCAAGCACGACAUCAUCGGCGAGGUGAAGGUGCCCAUGAACACGGUGGACCUGGGGCAGCCCAUCGAGGAGUGGCGGGACCUGCAGAGCGGCGAGAAGGAGGAGCCAGAGAAGCUCGGCGAUAUCUGCAUCUCCCUGCGGUACGUUCCGACGGCCGGGAAGCUCACUGUCUGCAUCCUAGAGGCCAAGAACCUGAAGAAGAUGGAUGUGGGGGGCCUCUCAGAUCCCUACGUGAAGAUUCACCUACUGCAGAACGGGAAGAGGUUGAAGAAGAAGAAGACCACAGUCAAGAAGAAGACCUUAAACCCCUACUUCAACGAGUCCUUCAGCUUUGAGAUCCCCUUUGAGCAGAUACAGAAAGUGCAGGUGGUCAUCACGGUGCUAGACUAUGACAAGCUGGGGAAGAAUGAAGCCAUCGGCAAGAUAUUCACGGGCUGCAACUCCACCGGCACGGAGCUGCGGCACUGGUCCGACAUGCUGGCCAACCCCGGCGGCCACAUUGCCCAGUGGCACUCGCUGAAGCCAGAGGAAGAAGUAGAUGCAGCUCUCGGGAAAAAAUAA